AUGCCCACUUUCAACUUCAAAUUCAUCUUCAUUAGCAUCUUCCUAUCCCUUCUCUUCCUCCAUACCUGUAAUUCUGUCUCGAUUUUAGACCUCGAUGGUGCACUGGCAAGCAGUGAAAUCGAUGCAAGGGCAAGAAGGGUUUGCACCAAAAAGCUUGAAGAUUGUUUAGAAGAGGAAGAAAUGGAGUCAGAGAGCAACAGGAGGGUGCUGGUGAUGCAAAGGAAGUACAUUAGCUAUGAGACACUGAGGAGGGACAUGGUCCCAUGUGCUACCCCUGGUGCUUCUUACUAUGAUUGCAAUGGCGGUCAUCAAGCGAAUCAUUACAAUCGAGGGUGUGAAGUUAUUACAAGAUGUGCUAGAGGUAUCAAAGGUAUCAAAACCUGA